CCGGGCGGCAGGGCGGGCUGGGGCGGAGCCAAGAUGGCGGCGGGCUGGCUGCGGCUGUGGCGGCGGCUCUGUCAGGGAUCAGCUUUUCCUGUCAGUUAUGCAAGCAGAAUUAUGCAAAAGCAGUAUUUUCUUCCGAGCUCCAACUUGAUGGGAGCACGGCUGGCUGGAUCCCGUAGUGAUACACAGGAGCCUAAGACUAAUCCUUUGGUGUCUAUUUCAGAUGAGCCAGAAACGCUGUACAAGAGGUUGUCCAUUUUGGUUAAAGGCCACGAUAAAGCUGUGUUGGACAGCUAUGAAUAUUUUGCAGUGCUUGCAGCUAAAGAACUUGGCAUCUCUGUUGAAAAAGUAGAUAAACCCCCAAAGACGAUAGAACGAUUUUCACUUCUCAAAUCUGUACACAUUUUCAAGAAGCACAGAGUUCAGUAUGAAGUGAGAACACAUUACAUGUGUUUAGAGUUAAAGUACCUAACAAGCAGUACUGCCGCAGUUUACUUGGAGUAUGUGCAACGAAACCUACCUGAAGGGGUUGCCAUGGAAGUGAAAAAGACUAGGAUAGAGAAAAUACCAGAACACAUUCAGAAACCUGUUUGGGAUACACUACCUCAAGUAGAAGAAACUGAAGUCAAGUCAUGAACACACCAGGUACUUGGCUCCAUUAGUACUGAAAUUCAUUGCUCCUAUCAACCUCAUUUACUGAGACAGUCCAUUGUUAAAUAAAGGUUCGUAUAUAAAGAAAUU